UUUCCGCUUUUUCGUGCUAAAAGCUAGUUUCCGUCAAUACUUGUUUUCUCUUCUGCUUCUGGGAGCAACGGGAGCCCGGGAGGAAGGGUUGUCUGCAGGGACUGGGGCGAGUACCCCGGUGGUGGGGAAGGCGGGACUUCCGUGUCUCACAGGAAGUGACGCGACAGUCGCGGCCGCAGACAGGUGGAAAGGCAGGUGGGUUCAGGUGCCAGCCUGGCCUGGACCCGCUGUGGGACCGACGCUUCCGGUGAGCGACAGAGGUAUCUCCCAAAGGCCUGGAGACCCGUGGGGGCGGGCUCUGGGGUCUGAGCCCAUCGUCCUGGCCUGGAAUCCCUCCCUGUACCCAUUCCCCAUUCCCCUGCCGAGCUGGGCGGUUCGCCAGCCCACCUCAACUCUCGGAACCAUGUUCGCGGACUUGGAUUAUGACAUCGAGGAAGAUAAACUCGGGAUCCCAACUGUGCCCGGGAAGGUGACCCUGCAGAAGGACGCCCAGAACCUGAUCGGGAUCAGCAUUGGAGGAGGCGCUCAGUAUUGCCCCUGCCUCUAUAUCGUCCAGGUGUUUGACAACACCCCAGCGGCCCUGGACGGCACCGUGGCAGCUGGCGACGAGAUCACCGGUGUCAAUGGCAGGUCAAUCAAGGGCAAAACCAAGGUGGAAGUGGCGAAGAUGAUUCAGGAAGUGAAGGGGGAGGUGACGAUCCACUACAACAAGCUGCAGGCAGACCCCAAGCAGGGCAUGUCCCUGGACAUUGUGCUGAAGAAGGUAAAGCAUCGCCUGGUGGAGAACAUGAGUUCGGGGACCGCAGACGCCCUGGGCCUGAGCCGGGCCAUCCUGUGCAAUGACGGGCUUGUGAAGAGGCUGGAGGAGCUGGAGCGGACCGCCGAGCUGUAUAAAGGAAUGACAGAACACACCAAGAAUCUCCUCCGGGCCUUUUAUGAGCUGUCACAGACACACCGGGCCUUUGGGGACGUGUUCUCCGUCAUCGGGGUGCGGGAGCCCCAGCCAGCAGCGAGCGAGGCUUUCGUGAAGUUUGCCGACGCCCACCGCAGCAUCGAGAAGUUCGGCAUCCGGCUGCUGAAAACCAUCAAGCCAAUGCUGACAGAUCUGAACACGUACCUCAACAAAGCCAUCCCAGACACUCGCCUCACCAUCAAGAAGUACCUGGAUGUGAAGUUUGAGUACCUAUCCUACUGCCUGAAGGUGAAGGAGAUGGACGACGAGGAGUACAGCUGCAUCGCCCUGGGGGAGCCCCUGUACCGCGUGAGCACUGGCAACUACGAGUACCGCCUGAUCCUGCGCUGUCGCCAGGAGGCCCGCGCCCGCUUCUCCCAGAUGCGCAAGGACGUGCUGGAGAAGAUGGAGUUGCUAGACCAGAAGCACGUCCAGGACAUCGUGUUCCAGCUGCAGCGCCUCGUGUCCACCAUGUCCAAGUACUACAACGACUGCUACGCGGUGCUGCGCGACGCCGACGUCUUCCCCAUCGAGGUGGACCUGGCGCACACCACGCUGGCCUAUGGCAUCGGCCAGGAUGAGUUCACUGACGGGGAAGACGAGGAGGACGAAGACGACGAGGACACAGCAGCCGGGGAGCCGUCCAGGGACGCGCGAGGGGCUGCCGGGCCCCUGGACAAGGGUGGGAGCUGGUGUGACUCCUGAGUGCCCGCACAGGGUGCGGAUCUGGGGGGUAGGGGGAGUGGGAGGACGGAGCACGGGAGCGGGGGCGGGGCCGCCGCCCGCAUAAAGGCCUGCUGGCUUGGGGCGCCUGCCUCCCUGCUUCUCUGUCCUAGCACAGUGACCCCAGGCUCCUGCUCAGGAAAGUCCCUGGGCCCACAUCCUGGGACCUGGACUCUGGACACCCCCCUCCCCUCCCCGCCUCCCCAGCCAGAUGGAGAGCUUGGCCCCUGGAACUGCCUUAGGAAGGAGAGUGGGCACAGAGAGGAGGAGGGGCUGGAGGUGGCAGGCAGUCUGGGACCCAUUCCCUGUGGGCACCAGCACUGGCCCCUCCUGGAACCUGCUGGCGUGGGGGGCUGGGGGCAGGCCACCGAGGUUGGGGGCAGUGGCCAUGUGCCACCUCAGCUCACCCCAGGCCGGCCCCAGCCCUGCCCACACUCACUCCCCGGUGGCCUUUGUUCAUUCGCUUCUCCCGGCUCAGCCGUUUCCCGGGGCAGGGCGGGACCCUGGGCCUGUACUGAAUAAACAGCAGCCCAGACGGAGCGGCUCCUUGCGCUGGCCUCACACCCUCCUCGUGCCCUCGACGCCCCGUCUGCCCCUCCCUGGUCCUGAGGGAGGGCGGGAUCGAUGUUCCCUUCGGACCGAUCACUUCUUUCUUGCCGCAGCUCUGUGAACGGGCGCUACUGUCCCCACGUACAGACAGGUGACCGAGGCUCUGGCUCAGGGCCACCCGGCGUCCAAGGACAGAGAGGGAUCUGGACUUGAAUCUGGCAGGUCCCAGAGACCCCAGGUUCACUCCUUUGUGGAGCCUCUUCCCUCCUCCUUCACCUUUGAUCUGCCCGGGCUUGUGGCCAGUGGCUCUGCCGUAUUUGGGAAGGGCAGGACAGACACCGAGGCCCAUCGAGGGGAGAAUGUCAGGGGCGCCCCCACCACUCUAGGCACACCCAUUCCGCCGCUGCGAGGGAAGGCCAGCGGGGAACGCAGCCCCAGUGCUCUGUGUCUUUGCAACAUGGGCGAAAUAGGCUGGCUGCGUCUCCCGCCAGCUGUGCGGUCCCUGUUCACACCUGCGGUCCCCACGUAAUCAUCGGUGGCCCUUUUCACUUCCAAAGUGUCUCUGAACAAUGACUUCCACGUGCAUCCUGAGAAGGGGAGGCCGCAGGAAGCUGUGGGGUGGGCGGGGUCUAAAAUGGGGGGAGGGGGAAUGGCUUUCAGCUUGUCGGCUUUGAGGACAUGGGGAGUGGGCAGAAACCCGGGUGGGACUGUCAGCGGGACUGGGAGCGUGGAGGGAGGAACAGGCUGUCACUAGGUCCCCUGGAGCGGCCAGUCCAGACCACUUCUCUGAAGGAACUGCCAGUGUAGAGGCCAAGGGCACAGACUGCUACCCGCUGCUGGGUUCUAGUCACAGCCUGUGUGACCCUGGGCUACUCCCUAACCUCUCUGUGCCCCAGUUUCCCUAUCCAUGCUUGUGGCCAGUAAUGGUCCUGACCUCCCUGGGCUCUUACGAGCAUUUGAUGAAUUCACACUUGUAAAGGGCCUAACCGUGCGCGGUGCACAGUCCCUGUCCUGAGUGUUUAAUAAAAUGUCGUCACUGCUGUGGUGACUCAGGGAUGCA